AUGUGUAUGCCAACGCCAAGUAAUGUGUCGGGCUUCGGUUAUUCAUGGGGUUUUACCAGUUCCGCCGAUCUCACGAAGUGUGAGGUGGAGACACCUAGCAGUCUAAGUUAUACUUUAGGUAACACGGUUUCACCAGAAACCACUUUGACUGUUAUGUCACACAAGACUCCACAAGUGCAGGAAAAAGUUGGCACAGUUGCAGUGGCAGUAUCAAAUUCAGCAGCACAGGUUACAAGAGUAGUAGCAGGAACACCAGUCACAGCACGUAGAAUGUUUGUUGUAAAUGAGGCACCUGCACACACCCUAAACAGGGUUACACAGCAAAAUCAAACUGCCACAAUACAAACCACAAAUCUGGCAUCAAAACCAUUUCUAACACCAAUUGGUCCUAUCCAGUUAACGGCAGAAGAAUGUAAUGAAAUUUUAAUGAAACGAGCACUACAAGCUCAGGGAAUAGCAACACCAGUAAUAGAUGCAUCACAGUUAAACCAUACAUUGUUAAAUGGCAGUCUGAAAACCAUAACAGAGGUAGCUCAGUCACAAGCAGACACAAUUCAAACAUCAACUAUUCAUCAACACUUGUUGCAUACCAAGCAAGAGCCUGGGACAACAAAUAAUUCACCCAAAGCAAUAUUUUCACAGACAGAGUUGCUGAACACUGCAGUGCUGAUGACGAGUGCUCCACCCGCCGUUAAAGAGCGGCCGUAUUCGUGCGACGAGUGUGGCAAGUCAUUCCUGUUGAAACACCAUCUAACAACACAUGCAAGGGUCCAUACCGGUGAACGCCCCCACGUGUGUGCACAUUGCGGUAAGGCAUUCGCACGCAAGCACUGUCUCAAUACGCACUUGCUGCUUCACUCUGCAGACCGUCCCUACAAGUGUCAAGAGUGCAAGAUGGCGUUUACAUUGAAGCAUCAUCUUGUUACGCAUUUGAGGGUGCACAGUCGCGGGCGGCCGUUCAUGUGCGGCGAGUGCGGGCGCGGGUUCCCGCUGAAGCGACACCUCGUCACUCACAGCAAGUACCACGCCGGCGAACGACCAUACGUCUGCAGCGAUUGCGGCGAAAACUUCGCGCAGAAUGACCACCUGGUGAUGCAUAGUCGGUUCCACGGGUCGCUGUCGCCGUUCGUGUGCCCGGACUGCGGCGCGGCGUUCGCGCGCAAGUUCCAGCUGGUGCAGCACGGGCGCGCGCACGGCCGCGUGCCGCACGCCUGCCCCGUCUGCGGCAAGGAGUUCCUGCAGAAGCGCACCCUCGUGGCGCACAUGAAAAUCCAUACGGGAGAGGGAGUUGUUGCGUGCUUCGAAUGCGGCGAGGCGUUCAAAACACAACAACAACAACAGCAGCAGCAACAGCAACAGCAACAGCAGCAACAACAACAACAGCAACAACAGCAGCAGCAGCAACAACAACAACAAACAACUGUGAUAAAGCAAGAUGAUUUCAAACCACAAAUAGUUCAGGUUAUUGGUGCUGAUGGUCAAAUACUAACAGAAAAAACAUCUCCAGGAUAUGCAUGUCCAGAGUGUGGGUCAUGUUUCAACACAAAGGAGGCGCUGUCGCUGCACGUGCGGCUGCAUGCGGGCGACCGCACGUGCGUGACCGACCUGUGCGCGCUCACCGCCGCGCUGCAGCCCGGCCUCGUCGCCGCGCACCACGCCUCGCACAGUCAACCAAUUCAAAUAAUUUCUUCAAACCCCAACAAUGUUGUACAUACGCAAGUUAUAGCAGCAAAUCAUCAUAUGACUCCGCCAAGGCCUAAAAUUCACUUUUGUGCUGACUGUGGUAAAGGUUUCGCUGCUAAACACGGGUUAUUGUCACAUCAUAGAAGACACCCUGACGGCAGUUGUACAUUACGAACUCACGUCUGUGAUCAAUGUGGAAAAGCAUUCUUCCAGAAAAACCAUUUAAUGUUACAUCAGAGGCAACAUAUGGAUCUCCCGCCCAGAUCUAGCCAAGUGCAGCAACAGCAGACGACGCAACAAGCACAACAGCAAGCACAGCAGCAGGCGCAACAACAAGCGCAGCAGCAAGCAGCGCAGCAGGCCGCGCAGCAGGCUGCACAGCAAGUGGCGCAGCAAGUGCAGCAGCAGGUGCAGCAGCACCAGCAGCAGCAGCAACAGCAACAGCAGCAACAUCAGCAGCAACAGCAUCAGAAUAGCUUGGAGAUCGAGCAGCAGGAACACCAGCAGCCCACACAUAUACAAGUGGUGACGAACCGGUCAGGGCAGGUGAUCGGCAACCAGAUCGUGGUGGGGACGGUGGGUGGCGUGGGUGGCGUGCAGCGGCGCCUGCUGGGCUCGCAGCUGCACAUCAUCGGGCGCGACGGCAAGCCACUCACCGCGCAGCUGCCGCACAAGCCCAGGCACCACAACGCCAGUGACGUCAAAGAAGUCGGUGGCCUGGUUCUGUCAACAGGUCGGGGUACUGGCUUGAUCAAGUAUGAAAUCUCCAUUCCACCUCCAACGUCUGUGGUCCAAGUGCAACAGUUAGACUGA